UGCCGCUCUACACAGUUCCGGCAGCACGCACUGCACUGCAGUACAAACACUUGUAGCAACAAAAAAAAAUGCCGCGGCGAACUCGAGUGCUGCUUGGUCUCGCCUUCGCUGCCUUGUUGCUGCUGGCCAGCGGCGCCGCCGCUGCAGAAGCCGGAGGACUCUCGGCUGGCCGUGAGGCGAUGCCGUCACUGCACGCGCUGCGGCGCGUCGAGGACGACGCGAGCAGCUCCGUGUUGGAGGGCGAGGAGGCGCCGGCGUACCCGCGGAGGAGGGCGCUGUACAGCGGCGGGUACAUCAACUACGGCGCUCUUACCGCGAGCAAGGCCGCUUGCUAUGGCCCGUGCCCCGCCCGCGGGCAGGCCUACAGCAACGGCUGCCAGGCCAUAUACCAGUGCCGCGGUUAAGCAGCGCUGCAGUCAGUCGUCGAUCUGCACGGUUCUUCCGUAAGUUCAGGCGCGUUUGAUCUGGGUGUAAUUCGCCAUGGAUCGGAGUGGUUAUAUAUUUAUGUGUAUAGUCUCAGCCUCUUAUGUUCGGUUUCCAUUUGAUAUUAUUGUGAAAACAGUUCACUGCUCAAUAAGAGCACUUAUUCAUAGUUUGAUUUUAAAUUAACUUGAUGCAUUCAUGUGGUC